AUGCAAACCUAUUACCUCCUCCCAUUUAUCCAUGUCCUCCAAUACAUUUCCUUCAUUCUUUCCCAACUAACGAAUGGCUUUUUAAUAUUCCAAAUUCUGACGAAAACUGAGAAAAUAAUUGGAAGUUACAAGUAUUUGAUGUUGAGUUUCGCAAUUUGUUCCUCACUGUACGGAUGGAUUGAUGUUCUUGUGCAACCGCUAAUGCACGUGAAAGGACCAAUCUACGUGGUAUUCAUGACAAGUUUCCUGAAAACUGCUCCAUUUAUCGGCAAGAUUCUGGUAUCUACUGUAGUUCGUUUGCACUCGUUAUCUCUCCUCGCUACUCAAUUCUUGUAUCGUUAUUUCGUUUUGUGCAGACAAUCACUCCUAAAAUACUUUGAAAAUUUAAAACUACUAUUAAUAUUUAUUCCUGGUGUCAUUUCCACUUUCAUCUGGUUUCAAUUGGCAUUCUGGUUUGCGUGUUGUACGGAGGAGAAGGCCGAGUUGUUAAGAAACGACCUCAAAUCCUUCUACUCUGAAAACUCGAGCACCAUCCCUCUCUCCGGCAUAAUGUUAUUCUCUAAAGACUCUGAAACUGGAGAGAAAAUCUGGAUGGGUUAUGAUCUCACUGCUGCAAUUGGUUGUGGUGUUAUAGUGGUAGAUCACAACUUUUUUUGA